GCUCGGAACUACCGUCGCGUGAGAUCGGGGCGGAAGUAGCCCGUACUCUUUUGCGCGUCGACCUCCUUUUCUUCCGGUUGACUUGUUUUGGCGCCCAAAGUCACCGUUAGUAUUUGGAAGUCUGGAGCUGGGAGCUUUCUUUUGGACUUCCAGAAAUCCCUAAGUAGCAGGAUGUCUGUGACAUUGCACACAGAUGUAGGUGAUAUUAAAAUAGAAGUCUUCUGUGAGCGGACACCCAAGUCAUGUGAAAAUUUCUUGGCUCUUUGUGCUAGUAAUUACUACAAUGGGUGUAUAUUUCACAGAAAUAUCAAGGGCUUCAUGAUACAAACAGGAGAUCCAACAGGUUCUGGGAAAGGAGGCAACAGUAUCUGGGGCAGGAAAUUUGAAGAUGAAUACAGUGAAUACCUUAAGCACAGUGUUCGAGGAGUUGUAUCCAUGGCUAAUAAUGGCCCAAACACCAAUGGAUCACAGUUCUUUAUUACUUAUGGCAAGCAGCCUCAUUUGGACAUGAAGUAUACAGUAUUUGGAAAGGUGAUAGAUGGCCUAGAAACUUUGGAUGAACUAGAGAAGCUGCCAGUAAAUGAAAAGACUUUUCGGCCUCUUAAUGAUGUACACAUUAAGGAUAUUACCAUUCAUGCCAACCCAUUUGCUCCAUAACUGCAAUAUAUUGGAUAAAGAUUUGUCGAGCUCAAUAUAGCAAACACUUCACUUUGUGCACUUCUUCAUUGUGCCACAAGCUACAUCUUUCUAUUAAUUUACUCAGAACUGAGACUGUGAGCCUUUGAAAAGCCUGUCCAGUAUGAAAUAAUGGAAAGAAAACAAGCCAAACCAGAACAGUACAAUACAUCCAACAAAUAUUUAUGAGAACAGUCAUACAUAAUUGCUUCCUCCAUGAAAGCAUGUAAAAGAAAACAGUUUUCAGAAGUGAUAUACUACAGACAAUAAUAUUUAUCUUCAUGGUCAUAACACAGUGUGAUAUUAGAUUUGUUACUUUUUUUAAAAAAUGAAAUAAAUGUGUAUAACUUGGAAAUGUUUUUAAUCUUUUAAAUUUCUGAGCCUCUUUAAUGUAAAACAUAAAUUGUCUACUUUUCUGUCAAUUUUUAUGGGCAUAGAAUUUUAAGAGUUUCAGGCUUAUAAAUUCAAAUUGUUAUGCAUGAGGUUUGCCCAGAAAUAUACUAAGCCUCUAAAUUUAAGAGCCAGCAAGAAAUAAUCAAAAUGGCCUGUAUGCAAAUAAUAAGAUAAUAAAAAACAGUAAUAUUUUAUUUAUCUAAAUAUAUAAAGGUAGAUAAUUUUAUUUUCAUAAAAUUGUAAUUUACACCUUUGUUAUUAUGAAAGCUGAAUGAAACUUAGGACAGUGGCUUUUGUGGAAAAGGAAUAGUAUGCUAGUCAGAAAAAGCAGGACUAAUCCAGCCUCUGAUACUAAUUACAUAGUUUACUAAUUACAUAAGAACCUAAACAAGGUUCUUAACCAUCCAAGUUCAAAUCUAGCUUCAGACUUACUAACUUAUGAACUUACACAUCACAAUUUCCAUUUGCUUCAUUUAUCAAAUGUUUACUCAACAUUUAAGUGACUGGUUUGGUCCUACCUUUUAUGGUUUUCAUGCUUAAAAAUUUCACCCCUGCCAUAUGGCCUUCUCAGGACAAUAAUCCCUUGCAAGAUUUUUUCCCUCACUUUGAAAUUAAACUUCUGUUUGAUUCCAGACUCUUCUGUCUCUAACCUCCAUACAUUAGAGUCUGGUUCCAGUCUGGUUGAUAUAAGCAAAAUUAGGAGAAUAUUGUACAAUGAAGAGUUGUGAAUGACUUGGCUAUUCUCAGCAAUACAAUAAUCCCAGACAGGACUCAUGAUCAAAAAUGCUAUUUCUGUCCAGAAAAAAAACUGAUGUUGCCUGACUACUGAUUAAGCCAUACUAUUUUCUUUCCUUCCUUUCUUUUUUUAUUUUUCUAGCUUUAUUCCUUCCUAAGUCUUUUUGCACAGAAUGGAUAAUAUGGAAAUAUAUUACGUGAUUGCACAUAUAUAACCUAUUAUCAGAUUGCUUUCUAUCUCAGAUAUGGGAGGAGAAGAAGGAAGGUAUAGAAUUAGAA